UUGCCAAGCUCCAUCCGCGUCGCCACUUUGCUUCUCCCCCCGGCCUCGCCCCUCAUCCGCCGCCGGGUCCGUGGUAGUUUCUCUCUCUCUCUCUCUGGCCCGUCAACUCAUUCACCUUCGCAACUAUUCAGACCCCCUCUCCCGCAACGCUUCAUUUAACUCACCGACCCGCUUGUUUUGGCGGUCAACUAAGCCAACGCCGGUGACUUCACUCCUCUUGAUUUGACUUCGGUGCGGCGGCGGCGGGGGCGGUGGUGGCGGCCUGCGGCGCUGGCUGCUGGCUGGCUGGCUGAGGCCUCCUCUGUAAGGCCUUGCGGGGGGUUGGGCCGCAACACGGGCCGGGUCCGAGUUAAACAUCAAGUCACCGUCAACAGCUAAGCAGCGGCAGCGUCGUCAUCAUCCUCGGCGGUGGCGGCAGUCGACGUUUAACGGCAGCCGCGUGCGAGCUACUUGUUGGAGGUGUUCGCGAAGUGGCAGGUUGUAAUUGAGGCAAAAGAGUCGAGAUGGCGGACCCCGCCGAGUGCAGCAUCAAGGUGAUGUGCCGCUUCCGCCCGCUCAGCGACGCCGAGCAGGGCCGAGGCGAUAAGUUUCUCCCCAAGUUCUCGGGGGAAGACAACGUGGUGAUGGGGGGGAAACCAUAUAUAUUUGAUCGAGUUUUUCCUACAAACACCACACAAGAGCAAGUAUACAAUUGUUGCGCAAGGCAGAUUGUCAAAGAUGUGCUUGAAGGCUACAAUGGCACCAUUUUUGCGUAUGGCCAGACUGCAUCUGGGAAAACGCAUACAAUGGAGGGCAAGCUGCACGAUUCGGAAUACAUGGGCAUCAUACCACGGAUAAUACAGGACAUUUUCAACUACAUUUACUCAAUGGAUGAGAACCUUGAAUUUCACAUCAAGGUUUCCUACUUUGAAAUCUACCUUGACAAAAUUAGGGACCUUUUGGAUAUCUCAAAGACCAACCUGGCUGUGCAUGAAGAUAAAAAUAAAGUGCCUUAUGUGAAGGGAUGCACAGAGAGAUUUGUGUCUAGCCCCGAUGAAGUGAUGGAUGUCAUUGAUGAAGGAAAGUCCAACAGACAUGUGGCUGUCACAAACAUGAACGAGCACAGCUCUCGGAGUCACAGCAUCUUCUUGAUCAACGUGAAGCAGGAGAACGUGGAGACAGAGCAGAAACUCAGCGGGAAGCUCUACCUUGUAGACUUGGCUGGCUCUGAGAAGGUGAGCAAGACUGGUGCAGAGGGAUCUGUGCUGGAUGAGGCGAAGAACAUUAACAAGUCUCUUUCGGCACUGGGCAAUGUCAUCUCCGCACUGGCCGAGGGCACUAAAAGCCAUGUGCCGUACCGAGACAGCAAAAUGACGCGCAUCCUUCAGGACUCGCUGGGUGGAAACUGUCGCACGACUAUCGUCAUCUGCUGCUCGCCUUCCUCCUACAAUGAGGCCGAAUCCAAGUCUACGCUCAUGUUCGGACAAAGAGCAAAGACGAUCAAGAACACAGUAACGGUGAACCUGGAGCUGACGGCAGAGGAGUGGCGCAAGAAGUAUGAGAAGGAGAAGGAGCGCAACAAGGGCCUUCGAAACACCGUACAGCGCCUGGAGCAGGAGCUCAACCGCUGGCGCAAUGCAGACCCUAACCAUAACUUAUGCUUCUCUAGCGAGACGGUGCCGGAUGACGAGCGCUUUGACAUGAAGGACCGCCGUAGCCUGGAGGCUCCGUCUUCCGAGAGCUUAGUCUCCCUUCCCUCUAUCGCCGCUUCCGUGUUGGACAGCAUUGCCUUGCCCAGCAGCAAGAUGUCUGCUGACGACAAAGUCAAGUACGACCAGGAGGUGGUCAAGCUCUACAAGCAGCUCGAUGACAAGGAUGAUGAGAUCAACCAACAGAGUCAGCUGGCAGAAAAGCUCAAGCAGCAGAUGCUGGAUCAGGAAGAGCUCCUGGCAUCAUCACGGCGGGAUUAUGAGUUUGUGCAGGAGGAAUUGUCACGGCUGCAGACUGAGAAUGAGGCAGCAAAGGAGGAGGUGAAGGAGGUGCUCCAAGCACUGGAGGAGCUUGCUGUCAACUAUGACCAGAAGUCUCAAGAAGCAGAGGACAAGACCAAGGAGAAUGAGACCAUAUCCGAAGAGCUGCAGCAGAAGACGACGUUUCUGUCGAACAAGGAAUCGGAGCUGCAGCGACUGCAGGAGGUGACGUCACAUCAAAAGCGUCGCGUGGCCGAGAUGUUGACGCUGCUCAUGAAAGACCUGGGGGAGAUGGGAACUGCCAUCGGCAACAAUGACAUUAAGCCCCUGGAGCUGAGUGGCAUGCCAGACGAGGAGUUCACUGUAGCUCGUCUCUACGUGAGCAAGCUCAAGUCCGAGGUAAAGACGCUGGUAAAGCGCACCAAAGUGCUGGAGAGCUCGCAGGGAGACACCAACAAGAAGAUGGAGGAGAACGAGCAUGAACUAUCCUCCUGUCAGCUGCUCAUCUCACAGCACGAGGCAAAGAUUAAGUCUCUGAGUGAGUACAUCCACAACAUGGAGCAGAAGAAGCGGCAACUGGAGGAGACGUUCGACAGUGUGAGCGAGGAGCUGGCAAAGUUGCGUGCACAGGAGAAAAUGCACGAAAUGAGUUUAGAGGACAAAGAGAAGGAACAUCUCGACAAGCUGCAAAAUGCCAAUGAAAUGCAGAAGGAGCUGGAGCAGCAGAUGUCUGUACACCGCGAGGCUCACCAGAAGCAGCUCUCACGCCUGCGGGAUGAGAUCGAUGACAAGCAGAAGGUCAUUGAUGAACUCAAAGACACCAACCAGCGCUACAUGUUGGAGCAGGAGCGCCUGGGUAAAGACUACGAUCGGCUCAAAGCUGACGAACAGGAGAAGAGCCGCAAGCUGCACGAACUCACGAUCAUGCACGACCGACGUGAGCAAGCCAAGCAGGACCUAAAAGGCCUGGAGGAGACAGUGGCCAAGGAACUGCAGACCUUGCACAACCUGCGGAAGCUGUUUGUUAUGGACCUUGCAACCAGGGUCAAGCGGAAUGCUGACAUUGAUGUGGAUGAUGCUGGGGGAAGUGCUGCACAGAAGCAGAAGAUCUCUUUUCUAGAAAACAACCUAGACCAACUCACCAAAGUGCACAAGCAGGCCACCUUCCACCCCCUGCCCGUUCCAUCCUCUGUUCCCCAGCUGGUGCGCGACAACGCCGAUCUGCGCUGCGAGCUGCCAAAGCUUGAGAAGCGCUUGCGCGCCACAGCGGAGCGCGUCAAGGCUCUCGAGACGGCGCUCAAGGAGGCCAAGGAGAAUGCCAUGAAGGAUCGCCGGCGCUACCAGAACGAGGUCGACCGCAUCAAGGAGGCCGUGCGCAACCGCAACAACGUCCGCCGUGGACACACCCCGCAGAUUGCCAAGCCAAUCCGCCCUGGGCAGCAGUCGGUGUCGUCUCCGACCCACCAGACAGCCAUCCGGGGAGGUGGAGGGCCUGCCUUUCCUAUUAAUCAGCCCGUGGGUAUCCGAGGAGGUGGACAGUCUUCUGCCCGUCAAGAGAAUGCAUAAUGUGUUCCCAAGGAAGUGCUACUGAAUAUUUGGGGCUUGAAAAGCUGUAUGCAUUGAGACUACACUACCAUUCCUCGGGAGUUUAGGGCAGAUGUGUUUUUCAACUCUGAAGUGUGCCUGUUUUUUUUGUUAUAGCGCGCCAAUUAUGUGCCCAAACUCAACAGGUAGAAUUUGGCUCAGUCCAGUUAAUCUUUGUAAAAUAGUCCCCCGGCUCUGUGUAGCCAAGAUACUUUCUUGUCAAUGAACUGAGUUUCUAGAUUUUUCAACGGUUCUCCUGUGCGUGGUUUAUUUUAAAAUUCUUUCAUUUGUAUAGAUUUUCCUCAUGUUUUCUUUUGGUUUGUGAAUGUGUGGAAGUUUGUGGAAACAUAUGAUGCUUCAAACUCACUUUUGGCCUCCCAAAAUGGCAUAUUUUGGGAUUGGCUAAGCUCACUGUUGCUGUAUAGCAUGCAGGCUGCAUUUUAAAGCACAUACAUACACUAUCGCCACUAUUAAUAAAACUCGUUUAAACGAUUAUAAUGUAAUACUUAAUUCUUAAUGUAUGUGUUAAUUCCCUCAGUUGUAAAGGUGCAAACUUGAAACGGGCCAUUUAAAAUAACUAAAGAAACAACAUCACUUAAUACAUGAUGGUUACUAUAUAAGCUAAAUAUAGUACAUUUAAUGUGUAUAUGCGUAUAUUUAUAAUUACAAACACGAAUGCUUUACAUUUUGUCAAUUAAAACAACAAAGUGCAACAAGAUCUGCUCUUUGGCGACCUGCAUUUAAAUCACUUUAAAUAAAUUCCUAACCAAUGGUUAUGUCUUUCAUACAAUAAUAAUUAAAAAUAACGGGUUUUUUUACCAUGCCGAGACAGGAAGAUAUAUCCACGUUUUGGUUGACUGGCUGUCUUGGGGAAAAUAUUGAGUUUUACAGAGAGGGUUUAUCUUGGUAGGAGAAGUUUUGGUCCUGGGUGGUUGGCGUCAGAUAAGACGACUGGGGUCCGAUGACUCUUCAGCAUUGAUUAUUUUUGGUAUGCAUUCAAGAAGGUCAUAUGCAGAGUGACUGAUUUGUAAUGUCUUCACUUUGGACAUCCUUGUCGCGAGCCAAAUGUGAUUGAUUAAACAGAAUUAGUAAUCCUUUUAAAGACUACAAAGCCUGCAUUGCAAGUAUACCCUGUCUUCUUACGUGCUUGCAUGGGGCUGUGGAAUGCUAAUUAUUGAAAAAAAAUCGGAUAAGUAUACUUACAUGGGUCAUGAUACCAGACACAUGUAUGACUGCAGCACGCGUUUAACACCCAUGAAAAGAUUGAUUAUUGGUUUACACGAAACCUCUGUUCUUUAAAGCCAUAAACUAUUCAGCUCGCGGAGGUCCAGUCUUGCAUUGAGAUCCCAAUGCUUCUAGUUUCUGAGCCUCAAUGAGUCUUGCCUCUGCAUUCAGUCACUUUCGUCUGCCAAGCCACAGUAACUUAUAGAAUACGUUUUAAUAAAAAUUCACCCCAGUGAGUACCAUUUGACACCACUCAACCUCGCCGAACAAAAUGAAGACUUUCUGCAAGCUUCAUUCCUGAAGAAGGCACAUGUCAAUAUUUUCCUGUGACGGUGUUAAAAUCUGUUAUUUUUAUUUAGUGUUAUAUGUAUAAGUUUACUGAAGAAGCAACGUCAACCUAUGUAUUCAUGCUCAUAUAUUGCUCUUGCUUCAGAUGCAGCCAUUGGCUGCUGGCCCAGAUGUGUAUCACUGAGCUUUAGCAUUUUUAUCACCCCAAAGAUAAUAGAAUGAACUAACUGGCACAUACGGGUGGCAUUUUAGCUUUCUCUACUCUGGUUCUCAAAACAUUAUUUGCACCCUUUUCUCAAUGAUAUAUGUUCAUGAAAACUUAUCAACAUACUCUUCGAGUGUGCGUUGUGUAAUUGACAUCUAAGUGGACAUUUAAUAAGCAUGGGAAAACUUGCAACGACACAAGGAAUGACACUUGAGAACUACUGAGUUGCAUAAAACCUCUUGUUAAUAUUUUGUAUAAAUAUGGGAAACGGUGUAAAUCUUCAUGAGUGAUGAUUAUUUCUAAUGCCUAACCUGUGCAGGUGCAAAGGUACUCAUUCUGCUGCCAAAUUUGGUUCAGUACUCAACACUCCACUCGCUCUCCUGAACAUGUAUGCACUGACAAUUUUACAAACCUAUUUGGGCUGGAAAUUGUUGAAGUUGGAUUGCACAUGGCUGCACUUGCCAAUGUAGCAGUUGUGUUCUAUUUUCCAUGACCCAAUUUCUAAAGCGACACCUGCAAGUCUUGGGAGUUGUUGCCCAUGGCCAGGCAUCGACGUAUGUGCUGAUAACUGUCUAUUAUCCACUUGGUGGCCCCCAGUCGUGUCCUCCAUCAGUUGAUUGGUCAAGAGCUGUGUGUGGAACAGGAUGAUUGUAGAUGACGGCUUAAGUGUGCCUGCAUUUUGGCAAGUUUAUAUUUCUGUAACCCAUCGUGGCUUAUGUUGAUUUACAGUAUGCGUUAUGAAGCAGCAAGGUGUGCCAAUAGCACUAGGUCUUAAUACACUUAUUUCAGAGCGAAACAUACCAUUUUGGCUUGUGCAUGUUUUUGUUUAUUAAGAUGCGUUUAACUUUACACUUUUUGGUUUGCUAAUUUAGUCACUGAAAUUCAAGCUACUCGUUAACAAUAAGUACUUUUCUGGCCAGUAGUGCCCAUUCAUGAUGUAACUGAUCCCAUCAGAAUGGUUUGCAGUGACUGAAGUCAAUGUCUCGUUCCCCAUGUUAAUGAGCUUGUGUACAUUUCAUUUGUUUAGUAUUUUUUGAGAUGAAGUAUAUAUGUUAAGAUUAAGAAAACAACUUUCGAAUCCGGUUAAAGGUUUCACUCUUGACAUGUCACGGGGUUUUCAUGUUGAUCAGUUAGCAAGACGAGGAUUGCACAGUCAUAGGCCACCUGGAAUAAUUGAGUCAUAGGCCACCUGGAAUAAUUGAAAACGUAUCGGGUGAGUGCACUCGCGCACUCUUCCCAGAGCAAGAUUGUGGGUCAAAACACUCCUGUGUAGCUGCAUAAUUGAAAAUCUGACAAUCCGUAUGCCUGCCAUAGAGAUCAUUACGAUGAUUUACAUUGUAUGGCCUGUUGGACGAUGCAUGUGCUCGGAAUGAAAGUGCUCUGAACAUGCCUCCAUGCGACUGCUGACAGCUGUAAACACUUGCGUUUCUGGAACUUGAAUAAAGGUGAUCGAUAUAUGA